AGCUUAUAUUGGCCUCUGCCAUUCUUAAUUCUUGGGACAAAGGAGCUCACGUACGUGGUGUCAAGCAGCACGAUGGCAGCCGAGCCGUCGUCGUCCUCGACGGGCCAGGGCCACCACACGGUGGACAUCCGCGCGGCGCAGAGCGAGGACGCGGGGCAGUCGGCGAUGAGCGGGCCGAUCAACCUUCGGGGCGAGCGGAGGCCGCCGACGAUGCAGCGGGCGUUCAGCCGGCAGGUCUCCCUCGGCAGCGGCGUGACGGUGCUGGGCAUGGGUAAGAACGGCGGCAGGGGACAGCAGCGAGCGCUGCCGCGCAGCGGCAAGAGCCUCGGGGUUCUCAACCACAGCGGCGCCCUCGGCCAGGCCGCCGGCGGCGGCGGCGGCGGCGACGGCGCGGGACGCAGGGGCGACUUCAGCAUGUUCCGGACGAAGUCGACGCUGAGCAAGCAGAACUCGCUGCUGCCGUCGAGGAUCAGGGAGCCCGACUUCGAGCUGCCGCCGCACGUCGAGGGUCUCUCCGUCGGCAGGCAGGGCGAGGACCCUCUCAACAGGAGCGUCCCGGCCGGCCGGUACUUCGCCGCGCUCCGUGGCCCCGAGCUCGACGAAGUCCGCGAUUACGAGGACAUCCUGCUGCCGAAGGACGAGGUGUGGCCGUUCCUGCUGCGGUUUCCGAUCGGCUGCUUCGGCGUCUGCCUGGGGCUCGGCAGCCAGGCCAUCCUGUGGGGCGCGCUGGCGGCGAGCCCGGCGAUGCGGUUCCUCCACGUCACGCCGAUGAUCAACGUCGCGCUGUGGCUGCUCGCGCUCGCCGUGCUCGUCGCCGUGUCCGUCACCUACGCGCUCAAGUGCGUCUUCUACUUCGAGGCCAUCCGCCGCGAGUACUUCCACCCGGUCCGCGUCAACUUCUUCUUCGCGCCGUCGAUCGCGGCCAUGUUCCUCACCAUCGGCCUGCCGCGCGCCGUCGCGCCCGAGCGGCUGCACCCGGCCGUCUGGUGCGCGUUCGUGGCGCCGCUGUUCGCGCUCGAGCUCAAGAUCUACGGGCAGUGGCUCUCCGGCGGCAAGCGAAGGCUGUGCAAGGUGGCCAACCCGUCGUCCCACCUCUCGGUGGUGGGCAACUUCGUCGGGGCCAUCCUUGCGGCGAGGGUCGGGUGGGCGGAGGCCGGCAAGUUCCUCUGGGCCAUCGGGGUGGCGCACUACAUCGUCGUGUUCGUCACGCUGUACCAGCGGCUGCCGACCAACGAGGCGCUGCCCAAGGAGCUGCACCCGGUGUACUCCAUGUUCAUCGCCACGCCGUCGGCGGCGAGCCUCGCGUGGGCGGCGAUCUACGGCAGCUUCGACGCCGUGGCACGCACCUUCUUCUUCAUGGCGCUGUUCCUGUACAUGUCCCUCGUCGUGCGCAUCAACUUCUUCCGCGGCUUCCGGUUCUCGCUCGCGUGGUGGUCGUACACGUUCCCCAUGACGACGGCGUCGCUGGCCACCGUCAAGUACGCCGAGGCCGAGCCGUGCUUCACGAGCAGGGCGCUGGCGCUGAGCCUCUCCCUCGUGUCGACGACGAUGGUGUCGAUGCUGCUCGUGUCAACGCUGUUGCACGCGUUCGUUUGGAGGUCGCUGUUCCCAAACGACCUGGCCAUUGCCAUCACCAAGGACCGGCAGAACGGCGCGGCCAAGCUGCACGUCAAGGGGAGGAAGGCCGGAAAGAGGGUGUCCGACAUCAAGCGAUGGGCGAAGCAGGCGCCGCUCUCGCUCGUGUCGUCCAUCACAAAGAGCAAUUCGGCGGACAAGGAGGAAGAGGAGAGAACAGAAUGAACCACUUCAGAAAUCAGAACCAAUAUUUGGUGCAUGUAUAAAUGGUCCAAGAUAUAGCUAAAAGGAAUAACAUUUAUGAACAAGGAUGAUGAGAUGUACAUGAUUUCUGAGAUUAUUUAUGGUACACAUAAGCCAUAUUUUGAUUCGCGAUUAAGUAUAAAACCAAUCAAGCAUGGUGAAAAUGAAAAAGUACUGAGAUAAGGUAGAUUGCAGAUUAUCACACUGCG